AUGGCAGAAGCACAAGCAAGCAGUGGGGGAGAAAGGAAGAACAUCUAUCAUAUCUAUCUGAGUUGUGAAGACCCUGAUGUGGGAAUUGGUACAUGUCAGCAAGAGGCCUCAGAUCCACCAAUCCAGUACAUUGAGUCCCACAGCACAUACCACACUCAACGCAAUCAGUUCAGUUUUGACACAUCCAGCAGCAAAUCCAUCGACACUGGCCUCAAAAAAUUGUCAAAGAAAUUCGAUUUGUCUUUCCAGUUUGGAACGGCACCCCAUGAUUUCACGAUCAGCCACACGCCGAAGGACGGUUUGCUAACAAGAUAUUGGCAGAUCAACUCCUUGCUUUCAUUGUUCAUUGAGAAUGCCAUCCCAAUCGCACUGGCCAUCAACAACACCCGCACCUCCAUCCCCAACAUCAUGAUCACCAACUCUGGUUCCCAAAGCUUCGACAUCUACGCUGGCCCCUUCACCAAGAACGACCAACUCACAGUGUCGCCCUUUGCCGAUGUGUUCUUGUACACCACCGACAUACCUGCAUCCAUCGCUAAGCAGGUUCUCCCGACUUUAAAUAAAGCUGGUUCGAACCAGCGACACGAGUUGGAGGAGAGGGAGCAGGAGAUGUCGUCUUGA